UGAAGCUACUGCUGGUAACCUUUGACACCAAUAUCAAAUUCAGCGUUCUCAAAUUGCAAAUUGUUGUUUGGGUUUGUAAUCGAUCUUUUCCAAUGUAUCAGAGAAGGAAGUACUAAGGUAAUUCCGAAUUCCAAAGGUUACUAUCAAAAUGAAGUAGCCUGUUUAGUAAUGGAGCAAGAACUGAGUAACUAGGAUGGUCACCCUUGACAACAGAUACUUUAUCCAACUUUCACUAGUCUUGACUAUCAUUACAAAAGCCCUCCCUCUACAGUUCGUGCAGGAACCAUCUCAUCUUGUUGCCAUUGAGCUGCAGCCUGUAUGGUGGCACUGCAUAGUCAGGGGAAACCCUGAGCCUGUUGUAAGCUGGCUGUUCAAUGACCAGCCUAUCAGAAGCAGUAUCUUUGAAAUAUUGCCCAAUGGAACGCUACAUAUUGUAAGUGUGAUCCAAGAUGCUGUUGGGAACUACAAAUGUCAAGCAACAUCUGGUGCAGAGACUAUUACAAGUCAAAGGGCGUCUCUUAGUUUGGCGUUUCUAGCCGAAUCAUUUAUUACUCAGCCAGCAUCAGUGACAACAAACACAGGCCAAACGGCAACUUUCCAGUGUAGUAUUAACAGUAAUCCACCGGCAACAAUAUCGUGGCAACUUAAUGGCGCAGAUCUUGUGCAAGCAUCUAUCACCACGACAACCAUCUCUAUGGUGACAUCAAGUAGUCUGACAGUGCUGUCACCUAAUCAUGAGGAUAUGGGAUCAUACACUUGUACUGCAGAAAACAUGUUGCUACGGUUACAGCGGAUCAGUGAAUCAGCUACUUUAAUCUUAAUUGGACGACCAGGAUUUCUCCGGCCACCUGAUGGACAGAGUGCUCCUGAAGGUCAAAGUGUAACAUUUUCCUGUAUCACCAUUGGAAGUCCAGCAGCUACCAUCCGGUGGCUUAUGAGUAGCGGUCAACAAAUCCAGUCUUCCGGACGCUUUUCUGUCACAUCUUCCACUCUGACUAUUGUUGACGUCCAGCAAUCAGAUGCUGGAUACUACACAUGUUUGGCUGUCAACAGUUGGGGGGAAAACAGUGCCUCUGCACUUCUUGUAGUUGACCCACCCCUACAAGGGGUUACUCUAACUCUCCGUCCAACUGACCAAUCUGCCCAAGUUGGCAGCAGGGUGACAUUCAAAUGUGAGGCUACUGGGAGUCCAGCACCCUCUAUAGUUUGGAGCAAGGCUAGUGGGAUCAUCCCUACCGAGAGAGUGGAAGAGCCCAGGCAAGGCUGGCUCCGGCUCCUAAAUCUUGUAGAAGAAGAUGAGGGCGUGUAUGUGUGUACAGCAAAUAAUGGGUACACUAGCCGAACAGCACAAGCUCAUCUGAUGAUACAAGUUAUUCCUGUAAUAACAACAGCACCAGUAGACGCUACUGUAGUGACAGGGAUGCCUGUCAUGCUACACUGUCAAGCAAGUGGUAAACCAGUCCCACUGAUCACAUGGACCACACCUGGCCCUGAUAGAGCACCUAUCCAAGCCCCAAGUACUGACAGUCAAAGUGUUCAGGCUCUGGGCAAUGGAUCGUUGGUCAUUAUGGCCAUAACAAGUGACCAAUCAGGAACCUACACCUGCAGUGCAUCCAAUACAGUUGGGACUGAUACAUCUUCAGCCAUAAUAACAGUACAAAGCUCACCUGUAUUUUCUGUCUGGCCCUCAAAUCAACAAGUUGUGGAGGGUGAUAGAGCAAUGUUGCAGUGCAGGGCUGAAGGAAACCCUCAGAUCACCUAUUCCUGGUUUUACUUAGGACAGCAGCUAACUAGUGACCACAGCUAUGAAAUCUACAGCAAUGGGGACCUUAUAAUCAACAACAUUCAAAAUAGCCAGGAGGGCAUAUACACAUGUGAGGUUUCAAAUCUACUGGGCAGCGAUCAGGCACAGCUAUUUCUUACUGUUCUUGUUCCUCCUCUGUUCAACGUACGGCCUCAAGAACAAACUGUGACACUGGGGCAGUCCUUCCGAUUGGAUUGUGUAGCAUACGGUGAUCCACGUCCACAAGUAUCUUGGAGGAAGGAUGGGCAACAGCUGGUUUUAGUAAAUAACCUGCAGUUGCUGUCUAAUGGUAGUGUCAUGGUGUUCAGUGCUACCCAGGAGAACCUAGGUACCUAUACCUGUGUUGCAACCAAUACCGCCGGUUCCAACCAAAUCUCUGUCAACAUUCUAACGAUAGAUAUUCCUAAAUUUAUAACCGCACCCACCAAUGUGACAGCCAAUCAGGGAGACCCAGCUUCUUUAGUCUGCCUAGCAACUGCACGAGAGAGGCCAAUCAUCUCGUGGUACAUUUCAGAUGCCAGUGGCUCUGAAUUAAGCAUUGUUGGUAUGGGUGACUCAGAGCUUAAUAUUCCGGGUGAAGACACAUACAUCUCGACUAGUGGCUCAUUGGAGUUUGUGUCUGUAAAAGAGAUUGAUAGUUCUUUUUAUAGAUGUGUCGCAACAAACUCAAUAGAUGCAAUAUCGGGAUUGGCAUACUUGGCUGUAAAUUUUCCACCAAGAGUUUUUCCCAUCGACCCAGUCACAUAUACACAAGAUUCAGGUACAGAACAGCUUCAUCUAGAAUGCAUAGCAGAAGGAAGGCCGACCCCACAUAUAGAAUGGAUCCUUCCAUCAGGACAACCAGCCACAAGUGACAUCAGUAUCUCAGGAGUGCAGGGGUCAUUAUUAAUUAGCAACCUAACAGUGAGUGGACACCAUGGUGAAUUCACCUGUCUUGCUACAAAUGAACUUGGGGUGGCCAACCGAUCUGUGAUGGUCACUAUUUUAGGCCCACCUGUUUUAACCAAUAUUCAAAUCACCCACCAAGAGACUUCAGUUACGAUAUGUUGUGAUGCUAUUGGAUCACCUGAUCCCACUAUAGCGUGGGAAGUAAAUGGAAUUCGACUUACAGGCUCUGGUAUUCCGAGUCAUUUCAUAACACCAGAGGGCGCUCUAGUUAUACAAGAUCUUGAUGAAAUUGAAUCUAAUGAAUAUUCAUGUAUUGCUCAGAAUUCAAGAGGUAGUGAUCAAAGAUGUUUAAAAGUGCCUGAAUCUCCAAGUCCCCCAACUCUCACUUCCAUUUUAUCUACCUCAGUGGGAUUGGCUUGGAGCCAACCAUCCUCUGAUAGUGAUUUAAGCAUCACAGGCUUUAGAGUAUUAUAUAAAGAGAUCCAAAGCAGUGUGUAUAUUGAACUUUCAGAACACAUUGUUCAACGAACGUACACAGUAAAGAAUCUUACACCGUACACCAAUUAUAUCUUCAGUCUGAGAUCUGUUAAUGAUCUUGGGAUUGGACCACCGAGCGUCCCUUCCACCCAAGUUACCACCAAGCAAAGUAUACCAUCCAAACCGUACAACCUCAAUGUUGUAGCACAUGCAAAUUCCUUUACGGUUCGCUGGCGAGAACCUGAAGAGCUGAACGGACCAGUGGAAAAUAUAAUUUUUGAGCUACGCCACCGAGUGAAUGGUUCCUCAGUGCAGGAAGCUGUCGUCCAGUUUGAGAACAAUCCGCCAUUAGAGACGUUGAUUGAGAAUCUUGAGUAUGCAACGUAUUAUGAGAUACGUAUACGUGCUGGGAAUAAGGAAGUGUACGGAUGGAGUGAAUUUGUAACACUUUUUGCUAAAACUGAAUCAAAUGUAUUAACAUUAAUUGUUCAGGGGUUACAGGUUACUUCAUAUGGAUCAGAUGCAGUUAAAAUCUCAUGGACGGCUGUGGAAAAUUCACUUUUUGAAUCUUAUUCAAUAAAAUAUCGACGUCUAGCCACAAAUGAGACAUUCAUAUUGUCAGAACCUGAGCCCACUGCCAAUAGUAGGAUUAUCACAGGCCUUGAGCCGAACACUACGUAUGCCUUCAAGAUAGCUAUAUGGUCCUCAUCAGGAGGAGGUCUAUAUUCAGAGGAAGUGAUCAUUACAACUGAUCCUGGAGGAUCAGAAGCAGAACAGGGUCAACAAAUGGGUGGUAGUUUUAGCAAUGAGCUGCUAGCAGCAAUUGUAGUGGGUGCUGUUCUAUUCAUUGUGCUUGUUGCCGUUAUUAUCUUUGUUGCCUGGCGAAGAAUCCGGUCAACACGAACUGGUCACAUCGCACCGUACGGUAGAAGAAGGAAAAUGAUACCAGACAAAUAUUGGAUCAGCAAUGGCGACAUGUAUGGGGAUACUGGUUCUGACGGGUCGAUGGGUAGCAAUGAUUCGGGCCGGGCUGGUAGCUACAACGUCAACCAGGGUUACAAUCCUGACGAGAGUACUUUAUCCACUGUUUCUCAAUAUGAGUUAAGAGACAAUGGGAGAAAGGUGAUGAAGAGAAGAAGUUGGCUCACAAAGAAACGCAAACUUGUACUGGAAGGGAGAGAUGAUAUACUUUACAAAAACCCUGAUAAUCCUGAUGUAGUUCUCGUUGGGAAGGCAGUAAUUGCGGACACACCAGAUAGGAACGAAGAUGAAAACAAAGACCCGCCAUCACUUAGCUCAUUUAGUGACAAACAAGAAGUGGCAACUAAAUCAGAUGAUAAUGAACAUAAUCAUAAUGUGAAUAAGGAGGAGACCUCAGAUAAUAAGACUGCUUCAACUUUAACCCAACCUAUAUUUCCAAACACGCAUGUUUAUGGACGCAAGAUCAUCGACCACAAUCUAGCAGCACGCCAUCGCCUGGAGCAGACUCACAGGAAGAUAAAGGAGCGAGCAGAGCGUGAAAGACAAAAAGUUUUGAAAGCAGCACAAAAGAGUAUGGAUCGUGCCGAGAAGGAGGCAGAUAAGCACCGCCGGAAGCAAGAGAAAAACAGAGAGCAUUUACAUGCUAGUGCCGAAGCAACGACCAGCAACAGUUCCUUGGACAAGAGUGACACAGAAGUGAAUUUAGCUUCCAUGUGGCAACGGCAAACUGAAGAAGCGGGUUUAUAUUAACUCGUUUGAAUAUCAAAAUUUAUAUUGUAAAUAUCCAAAGCAUUUUUAGACUUACUUGUACCAUUUUCACCUUUUAAUUCGUAACAAGUUGUAACAACUUUGAUCUCCCGAGAUAUUUUCUUUGUUCAUGCGCACAGUAAUCCAAACCAUGUGAAAUCUCGGGAAAAUAGUAGGCCUACUGUAGAUAUCUAGAGUAGGCUCAGCAUGCCCGACAUUAAUUUGUUCUCCAUUGUCUGAUGGCAGUACGAACGCAUGCGUACUGAAUAACAAGGCCUGUUUUUCUUCCAAGAUAUCGCAGGGAUUCCCUGCGAUAUUUUGGAAGGUUUUACAUGAAUUUGCUUUCACACUACACAAACCUGGUUACAACUAGUUACUAUUUGAGAAGAAUUGGCAGUGUGAAAAGGGUAUUAUGCUCUGUCCACUCUAUCAAAUUUUAUAUGUGUGAUGCCCUGUGUGAUUAUCAUGAUCAUGAUAAUGCUGCACCCAAAUAUGGGCAUAUCACAUUUACUUGUCACAUAAAAUGUCAUAGUGUGGACAGACCUUAAAGUAUGAAAAUAAAUAAAUAAAUGAAUCUUGUGUUAAAAAAUAGUAAGAAAUAUUUUAAUAUUAGAAAAUUACUGUAUAAAAUACUAUAGUGCUCAUAUCCAUUUUAAAAAAUGAUGUUAUUUUUCCGAAAUAUUAGACCAAAGUAUAAAACAACAUAUUUAAAUGUAUUGAAUUAUUGAUUAGUUUCAAACAUUUUAAACAAAUAUUUUAUUUAUAGAAGUAUAUCACCUUGAUACUAUCUUAUUUUACUACAAUAGAAUACAUACAGAUAGGAAUGUAAACUAAUUUUCAUUUGUAUCAAUCUAGUAUUUUCCAUGUCAAUGCAAUGUAACACGCUAUUCCAAAACUAUAUUACAAUUUUUCAAAAAGAUGAGUAACAAUGUAUUUGGAGAUAUAACAUUAAUUUUUAUUCAUUUAUUUAUGUUGUACUGUAUUGUUUUGCUUUAAUUGUACUGUAUUACCAUUCAAGUUAGCAUGUGUGAAUGAAUGUAGUGAUUUUGAUUCAAAUAAUUAAUGUACUAAAAUGUAAAACUGGUAAAAAUAAGUAGUAAUCAUUGCCUAUAUUGCCUAUAUAUUCUUUGCCUAUUCUAACUUAGAUGAUGUUUUUUAAUACAUUUGUGCUUUGUUAUUUAUAUUUAGUAAUGUUAAUCAUGUGAAAUUGUUAAUAAUUGCAUAAUUUCUGUUGCCUGAUAGUAUAGUAGUAUAGCAGGCCUAGGAAAUGUUUAAUUGCAACUGCACCUUAGGUAUUUUAUUCAUCAUAUAGAAUUAAUAGGAAACAUAUGGCAACUUUCCAUUACUAGUGCCUAGGUACAUUAAUAAGUAUAAGCUUGAAUCACUCUUUUAAUUUGAAGUCAUUCCUUAACUCCUAUCAAAAUUUAUGUGCUAUAUUAGUAUUGUACUGUAUUUACUUGGGUAUAAUCCCAUCGCCUUGUAUACAAAAUUGGGCUGAUUUUUUUUGGGGGGGGGGGGGUGAGAAGAGCAAACAAUAGUGGGUCUGAGACUAGGGUUAGGUUCACACUAGAGCCCUAGUAUCCGGAUUGGGAGCUAACUGUUAGCACUAACCAUUAGCACCCGUGUGAGAACGCCUGAUCGGUUAGCGCUAACCAUUAUCAGAAUCUGGAUAUGCUAACAGCGAGCGCUGUCAGUUAACACAGGGGUGGGCAUAAAAAUCGUUACGAGGGCCAAAGUGAAUUUUCAAUUUAAAACCGAGGGCCGCACCACAAUUUUGAUGUUUCCAGCGACCUUCCAAAAGCAUUGCCUUUACACCACUUUAUUCUUAGGUUUAAUGUUACUUUUUACAUAUGAUUGGUGUCGGAUCGUAAAAAACAAGGUGUUUUCUAGCCAAUGUUGCUUGGCAGGCCGCACACAUAGGGUUUUUAAUUCAUUGUCGCAGGCUGCAAAAAAAAAACCUUGUGGGUUAGCAAGUUAAGCGCGUUUCUAUCAUUAAUUAAUCACAUGUAUGCAUUUCUAAUUUCCUAAUGGCCAGUGAUCCCAUCAUCAUCUUGAUAUCUGGAUUGGGGAUUUUCUUGUAUUAAUGCAAGGGCGAGCGUGUAUGUUAUUUAUGUGGAUCCUGCUAACCGUUAGCUGGUGUAUGUGAACAUAGCCACAUUAAGUGUAGAAUUUUUAUCCCCAACAUCUGAAGACGUGUGUGCUUAUACCACAAUUAGUGUAAAGCUUCUAUAGUAUCUGCAUGGUGAUGUGCUUAAUCGUGUGAUAUCAUUAGUGUGUGAUGUCUUCAUUGAUGUCAUGUGUGAAAUCAUUCCGUCCUUCGUGUGAUAAAAUAUCCAAAUUUAAUAAUCGGCUAUGGUUAUUGUUCCAAUUGGUGGGGCUGGUUUAAUGCUAACCUUAAACUAUCUUUAUGCACUAUGGCAUGUCGGAAGAAUGCCCAUUUCCUUAAUAAUUAAUUUGCUUGUAAUGAGCGUAACAACCUUCUUUUUAUACCCAUUCCGUCCAUUUCUUUUUUGAUAACAUUUCCAUCCAAAGCGUUAUCUACUAUUGUACCUCUUUAGUCAUUGUGAGUAGGAUAUAUUUAUUUAUAAUAGCAUAAUAACAGCCAUCUUUCAAGACGAACAAUAUUGUUUUAAUUAUUCUUCUGAGAAUUUAUGUAUUUUUAAAUAUCAGAUUGUUGUGUGAAUAUAAAAUACUAGUAUAAAUGAAGCAAAAUUAAGAAAAAAAAAAUUAUUACCAUACUUUUUUCAAACAGUGCUGCCAUAUUAUGUUACUGUGAGCAACCAUGAAUAUAAAACUGAUAUGAUCAAAUGUUUGUCAUGUUCAGAACUGUUACGUAUUUUUUAAACAUAUAAUCAUGAAUUGUACAGUAAUGAUAGUACAGUACAUUAGUCCAUUAGGCUUUUUUUAUAUAAAGUAAAUAAAUUUGGCUGAUGUUAAUAUUUUGAGUUGUCUGUUAACAGUUGCAUUUCUAUAUAGAUAUACAGUAAAACCAUAAAGAUGAUGAUCAUAUAGAAUGCCUUUUAAGAUGCCUUACCAAAUGUUUUCCAUGUUCAGAACUUUUAUGUUUUUUUAAACAGAUUAUCAUGAAUCGUACAGUAAUGAUAGUACAGUACAUUAGACCAUGGGGCAUUUGUUAAAUACUGUACAUUAAAAGGAUUUUUUAUAUAAAUAAAUUUGGCUAAUGUUAA